AUGAGAUUACCAUCACCACAGGCAGACAUCUCGCUUUCCACAAAGACGUCAUCCGACACAAAAACUACUUAUAGCUUUCAUGAGAUCAACUUUGCGCGACGAUUGACUAGACGUGCGCUCGAGGCCGGGUUCCAGCUGCUCAGUACUGCGAACGUUGGCCCGGCAGUCUUAAACUAUGUGUUCAAGCUCUCACUACCAUUCUUAACGCCAGAACAACUACGCGCAAGAUUCAAGCUCAUGCUAGAGAGGGGCCCGGAUGAAGAUCUGGAUUGGUGGGAGACUCCUUUCAUUCAACUUGGUGGAGCGGGCACACAUUAUCCGAGGCGUGAUGCUAAGGGUCGGAUCGCGCCAUUUAAAAACGCAUGGAAAGUAAGACCGCCAGGUCCUCAAGACAAGAAAUCAGCACAAGUGGAGAAUGCUAUUGAUGGACGGAUAGAGUCUCUGGAGGGCGUCGAUCUCACCGGCUACGAAGGAGAAUGGUUCGACGCUUAUGACGUCCAAGGAUAUCUAGAGGAGAAGUAUGCUUGCAAGCUAGAUCCCGAUAGCUCAUUCGCGGAGUGUCUACUCGAAGACGACGACAGCAAGAAUGAUCCUGAUCAAAUCGCUCAGUCCGCUCAGUUCGAUGCAAACCCGCGACGAGAAGCACACGACGACGGGAGUCCAGGCCUGACGAACAGCUCCGCGAACUCAUCCACCUCGUCGACCUCCUGCACCGCUGUGAGCUUACAAAUUAGCCCGCAAGAUCUUCCAGGCUCAGGCCAUUUCGGCUUGGAUAUGAACUUCCCUCAAGAAACUCGGCCGGCAUUUCGAGGCGAGGAUAUGGACAAAUUGUAA